AUGUCUCAGCGAGCAGACGCCUCCCGGCGUGGUGGGGUUGUGGUUGAGUUUGAGUCUGACGACAUCAGGGAUGCAAGAGCUAAAAAACGUAGGAGUGUACCAGGUUCAGCUCUUAUCUACCUCAAGGGUCCCAAGUUUCUCAUCUAUGUCAGUGGAGCAUUGUCAAUGUGGGGCGACCGCAUGUGGCACUUUGCAAUCUCUGUGUUCCUGAUUGAGCUGUACGGUCGUAACCUGCUGUUGACUGCAGUGUUUGGAUUGGUAGUGGCUGGGUCAGUGCUCCUACUUGGGGCUUUGAUUGGAGACUGGGUUGAUCGCAAUCCCAGGAAUAAAGUUGCACAUGCAUCUCUUUUCAUUCAGAACAUCUCUGUGACAGUAUGUAGCAUUGUGCUCAUGUUGGUGUUCUUAUAUAAGCAAAGGAUUGAACAGAUCUGGGAUGGAUGGCUUACUGUGGUUUGUUAUACGGUGGUGAUCGUCCUGGCAGAUGUGGCAAACCUUGCAAGCACAGCACUGACCAUUGCCAUUCAGAGGGACUGGAUUGUGGUUAUUACAGGCUACAACCGAGGUCACCUAGCUGGAAUGAAUGCGACCAUGAGGCGGAUAGAUCAGGUGACUAACAUCCUGGCCCCACUAGCGGUGGGACAGGUCAUGACCCUGGCCUCCAAUGUAGUUGGUUGUGGCUUCAUCCUGGGCUGGAACCUUGUGUCUCUCAUUGUGGAGUUCUUCUUCUUGUCACGGGUGUACCGCAUUGUCCCUGCUCUUUCAAUCAAACCACCAGCGGAGGAGGAGGAGCAAGCGUAUCUGCAGAUGACGAAGAGGAGGAGGUCACAAGACCAAGGUAAUGUUGCACAACUUCAGCCUCCAACAGAAGGUAACUGCAACACAAGCCUGCGCCUAAAAGAAAUCACCACCCUGCCGCUAUGUUUCCGGAGGUUUCGCUGGCUGGUGGGCACUUGUAAGGACGGUUGGAGAGCCUACUAUCGCCAGCCUGUCUUCCUGGCAGGAAUGGGUUUGGCUUUCCUCUACACCACAGUCCUCGGAUUUGACUGCAUCACCACUGGCUAUGCCUACACUCAGGGCAUAAGCGGCUCUCUCCUUAGUCUGCUCAUGGGUGUAUCGGCUAUGACAGGACUGAUGGGAACUGUGAUGUUCACCAGACUCAGGAAGACCUAUGGCCUGAUUAACACAGGCAUCAUCUCAAGCUGCCUCCACCUGGGCUGCUUGCUGCUGUGUGUGUGCUCUGUGUUUGCCCCCGGCAGCCCUAUGGAUCUUAGCUUGCUGAUGCCCUACAUUACUGCCAACUCAUCUGCUGAGGUAGGCAGCAAUCAGCCACUCUUACCCGACCGCUCCUCCAUUCAUUGGACCAACAACACUGUCCUUUUUGACAACGUGCCUUCAGGCACAGCACCAGAAUCUUACAUCUCCAUCAUCCUUCUGUUCUUGGGGGUCAUCACAGCACGCAUUGGUCUCUGGUCCUUCGACCUGACUGUGACCCAACUCCUGCAGGAGAACAUCUGUGAGUCAGAGAGGGGUGUGGUGAACGGGGUGCAGAGCUCUAUGAAUUAUCUGAUGGAUUUGCUUCACUUCAUCAUGGUUAUCUCUGCUCCACAGCCACAGCACUUUGGCAUCCUAGUUAUCAUUUCUGUUAUAUUCAUCACCACUGGGCACACUAUGUACUUCCUGUAUGCACACAAAGCCAAGAAAAAACGGCGCCUCGACACAUAGGGAGCAGACAUAGCCCACACAUCCAGACAUGAGAUGCUUACCAGCACUGACUCCACUUUGCACCUGUGAAAUGAAUGUCUUCCUCCUGUUCCUACAGCAAUCUUAUUGCAACACUCCACUCCCGACUUAGCCAUUCAUUUCUGCGCAACACAGCAAGUGCCUGUCCUACCUAGGUUGUUAUCUUCCUGCAGGGCCAUGUGCUAUAGCAGCAAACAAGAACUCAGGUGAAGCAGAGUAGGAGGCACGCUCACCCUUCGACUAAGUUGAGGUGGCUACAGUAAAUGCAGCUAUGGCACCUCCAGGGGAAAUGUCCUAAUCCACCGUACAGAAGGACACAUAGGUAACAGCUAAGGCACUAGCACAUGCCUUUGCAAACCCUGUAGGAUUACUGCAAGACUUUCAUCAGACAAGCCUGUUAACUCGCAUAGCUUUUUUAGAUGGGAGGGUGGAUGGAAGGAGAGAUUUUUCUAACCUUCACUCAGUAAAGAACUGGUGUUGUGAGGAAAACUGAACAGUGAUACAUGAAAAUACAGACAAGUACACUUCUACAAGUGGCAUCAUUGUUGCUGAUCCGUCCACUUGGAAGUAUUCCAGGAUGUCCAAAAAGGAACAUAAAGGGAACUUGAUGUGAGAUUGUUUGAUUAAAAAGGAAAAUCAGAAAGGCAGUCCCCUUUUAAUGGACAGAAGUGAAAGGACAACACACUUCCUUCCCCUGGUUUGUUUCUCGGUGGAUGAAUCAAGCAAACAUUUGCUUCUUUUACGCAUAUGAACCUGGC